AAAUCCCCGGGCCUCGUCGCUUGCCGAGAUUACCAGCUUUCAGAGAGAGACGGGAAAAUCGAUUCCUGAGUGGACGGAGGCCGGAUGGUUAAAUCUAACCUACAAACGAUAUUAAAUAGUCAUUGUUUUGUAAGGGAAAAAGAAAGAAAUAUAUCCAAUAUGCCGAUUAUUAGUCUGACCAGUAACAUCACCCCCGAAGGCGAAAGCCCUUGGCGUUGCCCCCGUUGUUGCAGUAACCCCUGUCCGGGGCCUCGGUGGUGCUCCGAUGCCCCUCUCCCACCCCUGAAGAUCCCAGGUGGGCGAGGGGACGACCAGAGGGAUCGCAAUCUUUCAGCCGAACUUUUCCAUUCGGACGCCCGGUUGCUGGUCCGCGAGGACCGGGCCGCUUCCACGUCCCGUGUGCGCUUCCUGCUGUUCGAGCCCCGCCGUUCAGAGGACAGGCACUGCACCUGGAGGGCGGCACUGAAAGGGGACAACCUGUACGUGGAGAUUCCCGCGGGGUCGCUGCCGGAGGGCAGCAAGGACAGCUUCGCCCUGCUGUUGGAGUUUGCGGAGGAGCUGCUGGAGGUGCAUCAUGUGUUCAUUUGUCUCCAUAAGGGCCGUGAUGACAGAGCGGUGUUGUUGCGAACAUUUAGUUUCUUGGGCUUUGAGAUUGUGAGACCGGGCCACCCCCUCACCCCAACCCGUCCCGAUGCCUUUUUCAUGGCUUACACCUUCGAGAGAGAUUCCUCUGAAGAAUAGAUGAUGUAACCCCUUUCGUUUUAGCUUUUUUUGAAAUUCUGGUGAUUCUGUUUUGUUGUGUGCCCUUGCGUUUUACUGUGAGUAUCUAAUAGGCCAGCCGUCCCGUUUCUGAGAGACGGGGAAGCUUGCCCUUAAAUGCUGGAUUUCUGAUAUGAAUAUGUAUGCUUUGAAUUUGCACGUACUCAAGGUGCAUUUUGGUUCCCCAGUCUACAAUAUGCAAAAUUUAAGUAGACAAAAUAUUACGUGAAUUACUACAGUGGUGGGUGUAGCAGAGACUUAGUUUUGUCAGUUUGGUUUUCGACGCUACUCAGUGCUUCUCUAUGCUGUAUGAAUGUCUAACACCAUCAUGCUGUUGAUUGUGAAGUUGUGUAGUGUUACUUGACCCUAAUCUCUCAUUUGCCUUUGUGUACAUGCUUGCUUGUUGCAGAAGAUGAAUCGAUGUGUACAGCGUUUUUGUUUCGUUUCAAGUGAUCUGCAUGUUGUAACUGUGCAAAAAUAAACUGCUCACCUUAACUGUAGCGUCUCCCUCGA